AUGGCUUCACCGGCAAAUCAUUUCAUACUAAUCCUUCUCCUCCACACCCUCCGCCGUUCUCUUCCUUUAUCCGCCGCCGCUCCCUCCGGUCUCAUAAACUUAAUCUACAAAGGUUGCGCAAACCAAAAUUUCCAAAACUCAGAUGCAUCAGAAAACCUCAAAUCCCUCUACACCACCCUCCUUUCUCAAUCAUCCACCACAAAUUUCUACAAAACAAUCUCCGAUGAAAACGACCAGUCAACUACCACCAUCGCUGGCCUCUACCAGUGCCGCGGCGAUCUAUCCAACAGUGAUUGCAACACCUGCGUGAAAAAACUACCGGAAACCAUCGCUAAAGUCUGCAACAGAGCCACCAUUGCCGCCCGUGUCCAGCUCGGCGGGUGUUACCUGAGAUACGAGGUUCUCGGGUUCCCGCAGGUUCCGGCGACGGAGCUUCUGUACAAACAGUGUAGUUCGCGGCGGGCCAGUGGGUCUGGGUUUGACGAGAGACUUGCGUCGGCGUUAUCGUUGAUUCCGAAGGGGGUUGCUAACGGGAAGGGGUAUUACGCCGGUGGAUAUCAGUCGGUUUAUGUGCUGGGGCAGUGUGAAGGUGAUCUCGGAGGUGGAGAGUGUGUUAACUGUGUGAAAAGUGCGGUAGGGAUCGGAAAAAGUGAGUGUCAAACCUCCAUUUCCGGCCACAUUUAUCUUCAACAGUGUUAUAUUAGCUACACAUAUUAUCCCGACGGAGUCCCCGGCGCCGAUGGUGGCAGUGUGGGUGGCGUUGGUGGUGUGGAAACAGCAGCCACGGAGACAGGCGGUGGUGGUGGCGGCGGCGGCAAAAACAACACAGAGAAGACGGUGGCCAUCGUUUUCGGUGGACUAGCGGGUUUGGGGCUGGUGGUUGCUUUCUUGUUGGUUCUGAAAUCUGCUUUCAGAAAGAAAAAAGAACACUACUAUGGAGGUUAUUGAAGUUGGAUUGGAGUGGCCAUUGAAGAAUGUAAAGGCAAAGUGAAAGAUAAAGAGGGACUUGCUUUGCUUUCCAUCUUUUCUUGGGGGUGGUGGGUCUAUACAACAACUCAAAAAGGGUUCUUCCUUCAUCUCCAAGUUACAACUUAAAACUCCUUGCUUUUUUAGGCUUUAUUCAAUCAUCAUUAGUGUUUAAUUGUGUAUAUAUAACAUCCCUAAAUAGCUAGUCUUAUGAUCCAAUUACAUAAACGGAAAACCUCAACGGUUGACUCCCGUACUGUCCCCCUUUUUGCAUCUUGACGUUAUAUGUCAAA